AUGAGAUCACGAUGCCCUUUCUGCAUAAGGAGCUACGCAAGUCCUGGUAGUUUCGAUCGACAUCUUUCAAGAGUCUACGCAGAGAAGGCAGUUGAAUGGUACAACAGUCAGCUUACACACCGUGCUGAGGAUUCGGUGAACCUUGUAGAAGGCCCGGGAGGACUAUACGGAAACGAAUUGUUGAAUGUUGGGAUCUUUUCCUUGGGUCCCACGAGCGUAGACCAAAGCGAGUCUGAUAAUGAAUCAAACGAUGACACAGACUCGUUGACAGAACGAGACAGCAUGUUCAGACCAGCAACUACCGUGUAUGAGGGUGCAGGGGAGCAACUUUUCCCCUCCACAGGAUAUUCCGAGAGCUCAGAGAGCCUUCUGUCCAACCCGUGGCAACCUUUCAAAUCAGCAAAGGAGUUUGAAUUAUCAUGCGCAGGGAAAGGCUCCUACCACAAUGGAAAAGGCUUUACAGGCCAUCUUGAUGAGAUGGUUUCUAGGGACGGUUUAGGAAGAGAAGGUUGGAUGCACUCAGAGGUCGAGUUGGGGGGCGAGAAGAUUGCAUACUAUUACCGGGACCCUAUGAGUGUGGUGCGAUUCCUUCUGGGGCAACGUGCAUUCAGAGAAUCUUUGGUGUAUGCCCCAACGAUGGAGUACAAUGAGCCAGGCGAGCGAAUGUACGGUGAAAUGCAUACGGCAGACUGGUGGUGGGAGAUGCAGAAUACUCUGCCAGAGGGAUCAACAGUGGUACCAGUGAUUUGCACAUCAGAUGGAACGCACCUAACGAAUUUCAGUGGUGACAAGAAGGCCUGGCCUGUUUACUUAACGAUUGGAAAUAUCACUUCAGAAAUACACAAUAAACCUUCCAGUUUUGCAUUCAUACUUCUGCCUCUUUUACCAGUUCCACGGAAAUUGGGAGUACGGGCAAAUGAACAUCGUCGAGAGAACCAGAUCGCCCUUCACAAAGUUUUGGGAAAGAUUUUGGAAGGCCUUCGGGGCCCUGCACAAAACGGUGAGCUUAUAGCGUGCGCUGAUGGCUACGAUCGCCUGUGUUUCCCUAUACUAUGUGCCUGGGUUGCCGAUCAGCCAGAACACGCCUCGCUACAAAAUAUCAACAAUCAUGCCUGCCCACGAUGUGAGGUUGAUUUCAAAGGCUUGAGAAGCCUUCACGAAAGCCCGCCACGGAUUCAGGAGCGAUAUGUUGAGAUCGUAAAGGAAUAUGAGGAUAAUAGGUCUAACGCAGCACCCGUGGAAUACCUUGUAUCAAAGUCUUUAAAGACCCUCUACAAUGCCUUUUGGGCCUUGCCGAGGACCAGCGCCUAUGAUCUCCACAAGCCCGACAUACUACACAAUAUCUACCUGGGACUAUUGAAACACAUGAUGGAGUGGGUUCAGGGGUUUCUUAAGAAACACAAUCGAAUAGAGGAGUUUGAUCGAGCUUGGUCCUCUAUCGGGCCUUAUCCAGGGCUCGCUGUGCCCAACAAAGCGUAUCGAGCAACUACACAGUGGCAGGGUAAAGAAAUGCGACAUCUUGGCCGGAUAGUUUUGGGAGCCUUUGCGGUGGCUUUACAAGUCCCUCCAAUGGCGGCACGGAAAGACUUUAGUAGAGCUUUGCGGUGUGUACGAGCGUUGAUUGACUUCCACCUCAUGGAACAGUAUACAACUCAUACAAAGGAGACUCUAGAGUAUCUGCAAAGCUAUCUCGAAAACUUUCACAAGUAUAAAGAUGUAUUUCUCGAAUUCCGGGCCUAUAAACGAACGAGGAAGGACGCCAAGGAUCGAACAAAAGCACUGCAAGGCUCCGGAAGCCUUGGGAGAGGCCUAGAAGAGGUUCAAGAGAUUCGGGAGGGGUCCCAUUUUAAUUUCAUUAAGAUGCAUCUACUAUCACACUUUAGAGAGCAUGUGGAGCGAUUCGGAAAUAUACCCAUGUUUUCAACGGAUGUCAGUGAGUUGGCUCAUCGGCGGCAAAUUAAGAUGGCCUAUACUGCUUCGAAUAAGGUAGAUGCCACGGUCCAGAUUCUUGAUUACCACCCAAGGCGUAUGGUGAUGGAGAUGAGAGUAUUGAAUUUGAAAGAUAUUGUUUUCUCCCUGCCCGAGCAUUAUGAGGGCCUGCUGAGCCAUCGAGAAAGCUUGAGAGACCUAUUGGAGAUUUUCAAAAAUGAAGACCAACAAAGAGGAGGCAGUGAGCGAUUGCUGGACGGAGAUGCACCACAGAAACCUAAGAUGACGACGCCGGACAAUUCGGCGAUCUGGUUAUCUGAUAUCGCAGACAUUAUCAAGAUGAACAAGACUACACUUGCCAGAGCUGUAUCGGAAUAUGGUCAGGGACUACAACGGGAAGAAGGAGGCUUGUUAAGCCUUCUUGACUACCCAGUGAGGUAUUUCAAAUGCCUGCAGGUGCCAGUAUCAGUGUUCCAAAAGAGUGAUAGCUACGAGAUACAUAACAUACGAUGCACUGGAGAGGAUUUGUUCAGGAAAAGGGAAGUUCGGAAUGAUUGGGCUUGGAUUAAGGUACUACGGACCCCUGGGGAGCAUUUCAGGGACGUUUAUCAAGGCACCUGA